UUGAGUCGCGCAAUGAGCGGACUGGCUACGCGGAUGCGCCUUAGCGGGAGCGGCCGCAGCGCAUCGAAUAAGUAAGGCAUUGUGCUGAAGGAGACUCGCGGCUUUUGGUCUGGAGAAAACGGACAAAAGCUCAAACUCACGAAAAGGAUCCCAGUCGGCGCAAAAAAGCCCCGCGCUCUCUUCCCAUCGAUGGCUGACGCUCAACGCGGGAUCUUUAUCUGCGAGUAAACAGCCCCCCGGCCCAUUGCAUCGGUGCGCAUUGCGUGCACGCAGUUCUCGCCUCCUCGCGGUCAAAACAAAAAAAGGGUUUCGCAUUCUUUCAUUUCCCGGCCUUCUGCACCUCUGCUCCAUCCGCUUCGAGCAUAAAAGGAUUUCUUCGCGCGUUUUCCGCGGAAACCACGGCAGAAACCGACAACCGGCAGCGCCCACUAGCGAUCCGAGGAUUCGGAACCAGUUCGUGGCGACCUGCACAUUUCCCACGAGUGCCUUCGCCGAGAUCUUUGUUUUCGCCGCCUUUGAGUUUGUGAGAAAACACGACUCUGGGCCAUCAUUCUUCUGAGGAAUCGUGGAGAGGGCGCUGCUGCCGCGAACAGGUCUUUUCCUGCGACAAGCUCGGCCGCUGGUUCGUGUCGAGAACGUUUGUGGAUUCGAGGACAGCUCUGUCGAGCAUCUGUUCCCUCUUGUUUGUCUAGCAAAACUCAGCUUCGUUUGAGUGUUUCUCGCCGAGGUCUUUGUGCACAACACUCCCGGGUCCUCCCUCGUGCGCGAGCGUCGAGAUCUCGUCUGGCUGAAGUUCCAAGGUCCACUUCAGUCUCACUUCGCAGGCAUUUCGUUCUCCGUCUUUUUCCUCUCGAGAAUCUCACACGCAGUGUGACUUCUCCCGUGAUCUCGUUAGGUUCACCGAGCCAGUGCGACAAAGACGUUCACCGUGCGCUAUCUCAGAGUGGGAACCUGCUUUCGCAGCCCUUUUUUUUCACUUCCUUGUGGAGACUGCGAGUUGAAAACGAGCGGCGUUUGCUGCCCUGGAGUUCUUUCACCAGUACCUUUUCCUCCGCCUCCACAACACGUCUUCGAGAUGGUUUCCACGGGUCAGCGUCCGUGCAACAGGCUGCGAGCCCUCCAAGCGGCGUCGGAGGGUCGCCGCAAAAGCUCUCGAGGCCAAGGGGAGCUCCUGCGCGUGCUUCGUCAGCAGCGCGUGUUCGUUGACGAGAGAGCGAUCCACUUUGUGUCGGAAGGGCGGGGCGGCCCCCGCGCCGACGCGAGGAACUCGGUGUUCAAGCUCCAGAACACCUCUGCCAAGCAGACCGCGACAGAGCAGGUGCAGAGCCUCCGCGAAAAGUUCUCCGUGGUCCACGACGAGGGCGCAGAGUCAGGAGACGAAGGAUGGGGCAGCCAGUACGCGAAUGUUCCUGAGGCGCUGAAGACCGAACGAGGAAAGUCGAUUUUGGCGGAGCAGAACCGGGAUCAACUGCUGGACGCGAUAGAAAACAUCGAGGCAGAAGCUGGCCAACUUCCCGAAGACACCGUCACCCGAGAGGAAAUCGACGAAGCAGCUGCACUGAACCAAGUGAUCCAGCGCUACAGCGUCACUCCCGACGCGCUGUCUCCGCAGCAACUCGAAGCGCUAGCCAAGUUCGCGGAAUACUCCCAUAGUGAGAUGGCUCAAGAAGGCGACUACGAAAACGACGAAGACAACGCCGGCUACGAAGGCUACGACGCCGACGAGGGUAACGACGGAGAAGGCGACGAAGAUGAUGACGAUGACGACGACGAAGACUUCAGUCCUCAGCAACUCAACAAGCUUAACGACAUGCAGCGCGAAUUCCUCGCCAACAAUAUGGUUCAGUGGAUGGAGAGCAUGGAGGCUGCGUACACGCACGGCGUGAUUCUCAUGAAAAUCAACUGCCUCGGCGUGGCCUUCAUCAGAAACGUGACCAUCAAAGAUUGCCUUUUGACCAUCGCGCAGCCUACCAACUGGCUGCAAACGAGCAUCAGCCCCCGCAGGGUUGCUCUGACGUCCAUCGAGUCUGUCGCCCUCGGUCGAAACUCGCGAGAGUUCGAAGCCAUGGAGCAGCGCAUUUACGACGGCCAGCUCGACGAAACGCUCCCUUCCCCAAAGUUAUGCUCCGUCGUCCACCUUCCGGCAGACCGAACCCUUUCCCUCGUUUUUGUGGAUGAGGAGCACCGCAACGGGUUUGUCUUCUUCUUGCGUGUCAUGGUCAAGAGGGCGAAGCAAGCUGAGCAGGUGGGAGCUGAAUAAUUAUGGCGUUCUGUCUCCUGCCCUGUCGCUUCGUGGAAUGCCUGUAAAGGGCGCUUACGCGGCAAAAGUCGCAACGGUGAAUUUAGGUGAAGAAGAGCGACAAACACAUCUGUCGAAACACAAAUAGCCUGCGAACGUCGUCUAUAGGCCGAAGCCUGAAAACACGGUGGCAGUCGGGUAUAUGGUUGCGGAGAAACUGUCAUUGUGCGUGUUUGUGAAAUCAAAAUCUUGGUGAUUUGCCCAAGUAUCUUCACUGUGUGGUGCAAGAAAAGAAAACGUGUGGUCCCGACCUUCCCGACCCUUAACAGUCGUUUGAGAAAUUUGCGGAGCGCAGUUCGGGAAAAGGCAUCGAAGCGGGGGAAGUUUUUCCGUGUGCGUCUUGUCAUCUCGUGCGUCACCCGGCCCUGCUCUUGGUGAGCGAGAAGGUGUACCAGUUGGUCACCUCAUGCACACUGCGAAUCCGG